AUGGACAACUACACAUCAAUAACAUCAGGUCACCAACAUGGUGAAAACGAUAUCUCAAUCAGCUUUACGGCAUCAAAAAAAAAGCUUGAUCGUUUAGAUCCAUCAUUUAUCUAUACUCAGAUCCUGAAAGAGAUCCUAUCAACCAUCAACUUCGAAGAUAAGCAUUUCGAAGAAUUUAUUACUUAUUGUCGUACAACAAUUGGUAAAACUAUUACUGAUCUUAAUAUAAUUGAAGCAUUCAGACGUGGCUAUGACAAAAAAGAAGCUAUUAAGUGGUACACGUCUGAAUGUUUUUUAUAUACGAUGCUUAAUCAAGCAUUAAGAUCAAUGGAUGUUGAUAUUAUUGUUCGAAUGGGCUUCUUUAUUAAUGAUCUACAUCGUCAUAUUCAAGAACUUCAUUCGAAUCAAUUUGGUAGUCAACAAUCUGGUAAAACAUUUACAGUUUAUCGUGGACAAUGUCUUUCAAAUGAAGAUUUCGACGAAAUGAUAAACAAUAAAGGUGGACUUCUAUCAUUUAAUAACUUUUUAUCAACUAGUACAAAACGUGAUGUUUCUCUCUUUUUCGCACCACAAGAUGCUACAAAUUCUGAACUUACUGGAAUUCUAUUUGUUAUAUCAAUUAAUCCUACGGAUUCAACAGCUACAUUUGCUUCUAUUAGACAUGUUAGUCAUCAUGAUGUUGAAGAUGAAAUCCUCUUCUCUAUGCAUACCAUUUUUCGCAUUGGAGAUAUUAAACCAACGAAAGAAAACAAGCAUGUCCAAGAAGUGAAUUUAACAUUGACCAGGGAUACCGACGAAGAACGUCUUACUCUUACUAAGCGUAUACUGCAAGAGACCUGUCCCAAUUCGAACGGAUGGUACAGAUUAGGUCAAUUACUAAUUCAAAUGGGUCAGUCUGACAAGGCUGAAGAAGUUUAUGAAGAUUUACUUAGUCAAGCAACGCAUGAGAGUGACAAGGCAAGUAUUUAUCAUCAAUUAGGUUGGAACAAAUAUAAUCAAGGAAAUUAUGAAGCAGCACUUACACAUUAUAAAAAAACACUUGAUAUCUAUCAACAAUUAUCUCUUCCUAAUCAUCUUGAAUUAGCUAAUACCUGUAACAACAUCGGUUUGGUAUAUCACAACCUGAAUGAUUGGUAUAUGGCACUUUAUCAUCUUGAAUUCGCCCUUGGGAUUCGACUAGAUUCACUUUCUCAGAAUCAUCUUGAUUUGGCUAUAUCUCAUAAUAACAUCGGUUUGGUAUAUUACAAGAAAUGUUUUUAUUAUACAGCACUCUAUCAUUGUAAAUUAGCCCUGAAAAUUCGACAACAACUUCCUGCUAAUCAUCCUGAUUUGGGUACGUCUCAUAAUAAUAUUGGCUUGGUAUAUUUCAGCAUACAUUAUUAUCGUGAAGCACUUAAUCAUCUUGAAUUAGCCCUUGCGAUUCGACUAGAAUCACUUCUUUCUAAUCAUCUUGAUUUAGGUGCUUCUUAUAACAACAUUGGUUUGGUGCAUGAGAAAAUGGGCAACUAUUCAGAAGCUCAUUCAUUUUAUGAACGUGCUGUACAAAAUGGACAAGAACCAUUAUCAUCAGAUCAUCAAAUUCUUCAACAACGAAAAGAAAACCUCGAACGCUUGAAAAAGAAAUUAUAA